CAGAAGGGGAAAUUCCCGCCACAAAGCGGCAAGAACCGUCAGAACACGUCUUGGCAUAAUUGUGCUGGCAGAAAAAGGCGGUCAGCAACAAGAAAAAUACCAUCGAGUAAAUUUACUUGCUCCUACAUACGAGAACCAGGCCUUGGAAAUCCAUACCACAAUGCGACGUCGAUAAACCAGAACACUCUAAUACCUCUCACUGCCAAUAUGGGACGUCCCACUGACGAGGAUUUCAUCCUCACCCUAUCUGACGAAGAGACACAGGCACCCUCCGACGCAGAUCUCCCCAACCCCUCAAAAACAGGUACGAAACGCAAGCGAGGCUCUGAUUCUGGCAAGAAAAAUGGUAUACAAGAGAAGCGACAGAAAAAUGUUGCGGAAGAGCCAUUGGACAAUGACAGCGAGGACGAGCAAGAAGGCUUUGACUCCGACUUCGAAUUCGAGAUAGGCACAAACCAAGACACCCAGGAUCUUGACGACUUUGAUGGGUGGGGUCAAGAUGUUACAUCCCAAGAAAAGGAGGUAGCGCCAGUCAAACGUGGGGUAGACCUGGACGAUAUCAUUGCACGGCGAGCAGGCAAGUCUGCAAGCGCGGUGAUCAAAAAGAAGAAAGCCGCUUCCGAGGAGAGCGAUGGUGGUUUUCAAGAAGACGGUGACACAGCAUCCACCAGAGACGAGGAUUCAGAUAAUGAAAUCAACUUCGAUGAUGACGAGCUAGUUGCCCCCGACACCUUCGGCGCAGAAAUAAACCCAGAGGAAGAAGACCACACCGAUGAAGAGGACAACAGUGACGACGACAACAACGAGGAAGACGAUUCCGCCUCGGACAAUAAUUCUGUUGCCUCUCCCACCGCACACCCUGACGAUCUGGCAUCCGAUGCUGAGUCAGAGACAUCUCAGUCCGACGCCGAAGAAGAUGCCAAGAGAGCAGCAUUCUUUGCACCUGAACACAAAGCUGCAGCACCUGAUCUCAAGACUGUCUCCUCAUUCCAGCAAUUCUCUUUAUCGAGACCAAUACUCCGUGGAUUGGCCAGCCUACACUUCACUACGCCAACACCCAUUCAAGUGCGUGCUAUCCCCGUUGCUCUUCAGGGUCUGGAUGUGGUUGGAUCUGCAGUGACGGGUUCGGGCAAAACAGCCGCUUUCCUUCUACCCAUUCUAGAACGUCUCCUAUACCGACCACGAAAAGUGCCCACCACCCGUGUCGCCAUUUUGAUGCCCACUCGAGAACUGGCAGUCCAAUGUUUCAACGUCGCCACCGCCCUCGCUCGUUAUACGGACAUUACUUGCGCUCAAGUUGUUGGAGGUUUCUCCCUCCGUGAACAGGAAGCGAUCCUGAAGAAGCGCCCGGAUAUCGUCAUCGCUACUCCUGGUAGAUUUAUCGAUCACAUGCGCAACUCGGCCAGCUUUGAGACUGAGCAUAUCGAGAUUCUUGUUCUCGACGAAGCAGACCGAAUGCUGGAAACAGGGUUCGAAGACGAACUCAACGAAAUCCUCAAGACCAUCCCCAAAGGCCGCCAAACAAUGCUUUUCUCCGCGACCAUGACAGACAGCGUGGACAAACUAGUUCGUGUCGGCAUGAACCGACCCGUGCGCCUAUCAGUCGACGCAAAGAAGAGCACCACCUCAGGCUUGACCCAAGAAUUCGUCCGCCUCCGACCCGGGCGAGAAGGACUUCGCCUGCCCACACUGUGCGUACUCGCCACAACCGCCUUCACCAGCCGAACGAUUGUCUUCUUCCGCCAGAAAAAAGAAGCUCACCGUGUUCGAGUGAUAUUCGGCCUCCUUGGCGUCAAAGCCGGAGAAUUGCACGGUAGCAUGACCCAGGAACAGCGAAUCAAGGCGGUCAACGACUUCCGCGAAGGCAAGACCACCCACCUCCUCGCGACCGAUCUUGCAUCUCGAGGUCUCGACAUCAAAAACGUCAUGACCGUCAUCAACUACGAAGCACCCCAAAGCCACGAAAUCUACCUCCAUCGUGUCGGCCGUACCGCUCGAGCCGGAAGAUCCGGUCGCGCAUGCACCAUCGCAGCAGAACCAGAUCGAAAAGUCGUCAAAGCAGCCGUGAAAAGCGGACGGACACAAGGCGCCAAGAUCGUAUCCAGGGCAAUGGACAUUCAACAAGUCGACGAAAUGCAGAAACGGAUCGAAUCACUAGAAGAAGACGUCGAAGCGAUUCUGAAAGAAGAAAAAGCAGAGAAACAGCUCGCGCAGGUGGAGACGCAACUUACGCGAGGUGAGAAUAUUGUCAAGCAUGAGGCGGAAAUCAUGGCGAGACCGAGACGGACGUGGUUCGAAAGUGAAAAGGAGAAACGUGAUGCUAAACAACGAGGUCAGAUCGAGUUGAAUGGGCCGAAUGGUUUGGUCAAGGUCAAGUCGGAGAAGAGGAAGAUGAGUAAUAAGAUGAAGAAGAAGUUGGAUCUGACGAGAGAGCGCAAGGAGGGGAAAAUGUGGAAAAAGGAGAAAAAUGAUGGCGGCAGAGGCGGUAAGCCGGUUUCGGUGGGGAGAUCGAAGGGGAAGGGGAAGUCGUUUACGAGAGGGAAGAAGAGGUAGAUGAAUCAUAGGAUAAAGCGUCUAUGGUUAGGUAUCUAGUCUGCUUGUGUGUAUUUCUCUAUGGAUAUAGAAGAACACACAUGCUGACGAUGAAAUGCU